CUCGCAGGAACAGACGACGCAAACUUGUCCAACGGUUACACGCGUUUUAUAGCGAGACGCGUGGACUCCAGUUGACGUCAAGUAGUGCUGCAAGGCAGUCCACACAAUGCCGCACGUAACGAGUACGGCGGACGCCCUCUCGCGCGACAUGAGCGAGCUGAAUGUGUCGCAAGAGUCCGAGACGAUGGAGUCCGAGUCGCAGGGUGUGUGGUCCGAGGAUGCGUCGCAGGACCGCCUGGCGUCUCAGGACGCCUCGAAGGCGCGCCGACUCCGACACGCCUACCGGGCCGUCAUCGACAAGCAGCUCAACGAGCCGGAAAAUGUAAUUCCGAACGAGGCCCUGCGUAGAGCGAAGGAGCUCUUCGAAGAUGUCACGCGCACGCCUGAGGCCGUGUUGGACUCGACGCUCGUCAGCCUAGCGGCUUCCCGGGGACGUCAGCUGGUCACUGCGCUGCCGAUCAACCUGCGCAAGUUCGAGCCAGACGAGUUCGCGGCGCGGGUGCGUGACUUCGUCUCAGACACGUCGCAGACCGACCCGCUCACCGAGAGGGCCUGGGCCCAGAUUGGCAAGCUGGCCGAGGGAAACGUCAGGGCAAGCCACCCGUUCUGGUACUUGUAUGGAUCGGCGGGUGAGGUGCCGGUCAAGACGCGGCAGGCGCCUGUGAGGCGACAACCACAAGAAGGCCCGGACAGGGCGCCGACCGUCCCCAAGCAGGUUCGCUCCGGAGAACAGACAAACCAAGAGACUACGACAGAACGCGUCGCCAUCAUCCAUGAGCUGCUGAGGGACCUGUACCAGAAGAUGAAACGACCUCUGCCAUACAUUGAGCUCGUUCUGCACCCUCGUUCGUUCGCCAAAACGUGCGAGAACAUUUUUCACUUAUCAUUUCUAAUUAACGAGGGUCAUGCCCGCAUCAAGUGUGACGCAAACAACCUGCUCGUGGUGGAGCCUGUUUACGGGAACACGAGCACCGAGCGCGAGGCUAACAAAAGUGGCGGCUUCACAAUGACGAUGAACAUGCAGCAGUGGCGGGAGGCUGUCAAGGCUUUAAAUGUCACGCGCCCCGUGAUUCCAGGUUAGGGAAAAUGCGAGCUCAUGGGCUUGCGGGAGGGAGGGAAGGGAGGGAGGGUUUAUGGAUUUUGCUGUGCGGAACUGUUCUGUAUGCGUUCCUCGUUGCUGGCAUCUCUGCUGUUAAGUAAACGCCUUGGACGAUGGUGACAAACUUUGUGAUGUGGUGCAUGCAAGUGAUAAGUAAGAGGCCCGCUAGUGUGGAAAAAAAGCUAUGGUCUUUUCUGUUGAGGCUUGGAACAGCCCUCGUAAGAGUGUGCCCGAUCCUCGCAGCUCCACUAUUUAAUGUAAAAAACUGCGUGUUGUUA